AUGGCACAGGCGGCAGCCGGGAGCGGCGCGGGGCGCAGCGCCGGGGGCGGCGGGCAUGGGCCACGGCGCGCGCACACUCUCGCCCUCCGCCUCGCCCGCACCCCCGCGCACACACACACUCGCACACACACUCGCUCACCCGCGCCGGGCGCCCGCCCGCCCGCCCGCCCGCCCGCUGGCCGCUGGCCGCUGGGGCUACGCGCAGAGCGCGGGCUGAGCCGACAUAGAGGAAGCGGCGAGGGCGGCGGCGGCCGCGGAGGAGGAGGUCGCGGCUGCAGGCGCUGCUGGAGGAGCCGGCCGCCGCUGCGAGCUCCGCUGGAGGAGCCGGGGCCCGGGCGGGAGUCCGAGCCGGAGUCGGGGCCGCAGCCCGAGAGCGAGCCGAGGCCCGGGCUGCCCGUGCCGCCGCCGCUGUCCUGGCGGGAGCCCUCGCCCGGUUUCAAGAGUGCGGGGAGCCGGGAGAGUCGAGCAGGAUCGGGACGAAGCUGCUGGCGAGGAUCAGGGCGCUCGGGUGUCUGGGGGCCAGGUCCAGGGCCGGACGCAGCCAGCCAUUCAGGAAGGCAGCGCUGGAGAGCGGGAGGCAGCCGGCGAGGAAGAUCACACACUUUGCUCUUUUUGUUGUGCGGGUGGCGCCGGGUUCUCUCUGCCUUCUUCUUUCGGGAGGUGACGGAAGGGGGAGAAAAAUACGAGAUAAUUCACGCCAGCGACGAAUUCACAGCGAAAUAGGAAAAAAAUAAAAAUCAGAAGAAAAUGCUUGAGAAAAUAAGGAAAAAGAGAAAGCGAGAGAGACAUCCAAAGUAGGUCGAAUAAAUAAUCCUCUUCUUUUCCUCUUUCUUGCUUCUUCUGCUUCUUCUGCUAUAACACACAGAGCUAGUUAAAAAACCCUGGAGAUCGCCCAAAAAUGUUCUUUUUUUAGUAUUUUAAAUAAGUGCUCUUCAGCUGGGAACCAACACCCUCCCUCCAAAAAAAUCAUAUAUAUAUAUAUAUAUAUAUAUAUAUAUAUAUAUAUAU